AUGGUAGAAGAAAGCUUUGAGAAAGAUAACGCAGAAAUUGCUUUACUUUUGUCCGUUCUCUUUUUUCAUAACACUGGAAACCAAGAACCUAGAAAUUUAGAAAGGAUUGUAAGAAUGAAUGAGAACUUUGCUCGGAACUCCUUAGCAAACGCUGAUCAGUAUUCAAUUGAGAAGACAGCAUUGUUGAUUAAUAUGAUUGGAACUGUAUACCGUGACCUUGCUCAAAAUAUGUCAAAAGCGCAAGAAUUUCAUCAACUUGCAUUGGAUCUUUCUGAAAGGUAUAAUUUAAAGAAUGAAAAAGCAACAUCACUACACUUGCUUGGAAUAAUUCAUCGAUACCAGAAAAAUCUUGAUAAAGCUCAAACUUGUCACGAAGAGGCAGUGGAACUUGGCAGACAGAUUUUCUCUCCGAAGGAAAACGGCCGAGUAGCUGCGUUCUUACUAAAUCUGGCCGUAGUUUACAAUCGUCUCGGAGAGUUCCGUAAAGCUCUUGAAAUAUAUCAAGAAACCCUGAAGCUGCUUAGAGAAGCAUAUGGCUCACGUGACCAACGAGUGGCGAGAGUUUUAAACACUUUAUCGACCUGUUAUUACUCUUUAGGGAAAUACCAUGAAAGCGUUGACGCCUUGUUAGAAGCACUCAGUAUUCACGAGGAAAUUCAUGGUGAUUACCACCCCAACGUGGCACAAACGUUGUAUGUUCUUGGGUUCACCUAUCGUGCCAAAGGUGAUCUCCAAAAAUCACUUCAAAUGUUGUCGAGAUCUUUGUAA